AUGGAUUCGAUCCCUAACGAAACCCUAGAAACCCUCUCCCAAUGUUUUCUCCACACUCUCUCCCCCUUGCGCGGAGCACCGCCGGCACGACCGAAUCCACCCUCUGCCGAGGCCGGCCGACGACGCUCUCUUCUCGUCGCCCUCUCACGCCUCCUCUCCGCGCCGCCGCCGAGCCUCAGGUCGCCUUCGCCGGCCAUCAACCUCAAGAACCUCCUCCGAUCUCGCUACCUCUCGCUCCCCGACGCCGAGCGGGCUCAGCUCAAAACCCUAAUCCCCUCGAUCCUGCUCUCCUCCCCCCCUCGAAUCCAGCCCCAGCUCUCCGAAACCCUAGCCAUCAUCUCCUCCCAUGACUUCCCCAAUUCGUGGCCCUCCCUCCUGCCCGACCUCGUCGCCGCGCUCCGAUCCGCUGCCGACUACUCCGCCAUCAACAGCGUGCUCGCAGCUUUCAACUCGAUUUUCUCCAAGUUUCGGCAUUCGUAUGAUACCCAGGCGCUGCGGCUUGGGUUUGCUGCCCCGCUUCUUGAGGUUUUUAUGAAGACGUCUGCUUUGAUUGCCGGAGGGAAUCAUAGUGCCCCGUUGUUUGAGUCGCAGAGGCUCUGCUGUGAGAUUUUCUACUCGAUGAAUUCGAUUGAGCUGCCCGAGUUCUUUGAGGAUCAUAUGAAGGAGUGGAUGGGUGAGUUUUUGGUUUAUUUGACUACUACUUAUUCGGGGAAUGUGGAGGCUGAGGGGGUCGUGGACUCCUUGCGGGCGGCCAUUUGUAAUAACUUGCAGCUUUAUAUGGAGAAGAAUGAGGAGGAGUUUAGGCCGUACCUUGGUGGGUUUGCUUCUGCUGUGUAUAAUUUGUUGACGACAGCAGCGCCAUCGGCUUCACCUGCCCGGUAUGAGUUGACUAUUACGGCGAUCAAGUUCUUGACAACGGUGAGCACGAGCGUGCACCAUAGUCUAUUUGGGUCUGCGGAUAUAUUGCAGCAGAUUUGUGGCAGCAUUGUGUUUCCUAAUUUGAGGUUGAGGGAUGAGGAUGAGGAGCUGUUUGAUAUGAACUACAUUGAGUACAUCCGGAGGGAUAUCGAGGGGAGUGAUAUUGAUACUAGGAGGAGGAUUGUCUGUGAACUACUUCGAGGGCUUGCUACGAAUUACAAAGAUCAGGUGACCAACUUGGUUUCGAGUCAGAUACAAAACAUGCUGGCUGUGUAUGCUGCGAACCCUAGUGAGAACUGGAAGGAGAAAGACUGUGCAAUAUAUCUUGUGGUCUCUCUCGGAGCCAAGGCAGCAGCUGGUGGGGUCCAAUUGGUUGAUGUGGAUAGUUUCUUUUUAAACGUGAUUGUCCCUGAGCUGCAGGGGCCAGAUGUGAAUGCAUACCCUAUGCUCAAAGCAGGUGCCCUCAAGUUUCUUACUGUCUUCAGAGAGCAGAUCCCGAAGCAGGCAGCAGUUAGUUUGCUGCCAAAUGUGAUUGGUUUGUUGCGCGCUGAAUCGAACGUGGUACAUUCGUAUGCCGCAAACUGUUUAGAGAAGCUCUUGUUGGUGAAGGACAAAGUGCAGUCUGGUCCCAAUGUUGUUGUUGUCCAGGCACGCUACAGUUCUGCUGACAUCGACCCAUACGUGUUGAUGUUGAUUACCAAUCUAGCUGGAGCCUUGAAGUUCCCAGAAUCGCAGGAGAACCCGUAUGUGAUGAAGUGUAUCAUGAGAAUUCUGAAGGUUGCCUCGAUUAGUGAGGAGGCUGCGAACUUCUGUAUUGAUGGCCUCACCUCUAUUCUUGUUGAGGUGUGCAAGAACCCAAAGAGCCCGUUAUUCAACCAUUACCUGUUUGAGGCUAUAGCUGCACUAGUUGGGCGUUCCUGUGAGAAAAAUCCUAUGUUGAUCAUUCUUUUUGAGGCCAAGCUUUUCCCAGUUCUCCAGAAUAUCCUGGUUAAUGACAUCUCGGAGUUCUGGCCAUAUGCAUUCCAGAUAUUUGCGCAACUUGUUGACAUGAGUCAGCCACCUCUGUCAGAAAAUUACAUGCAACUAUUUCAGACAUUGCUCACUCCUGCUUCUUGGGAGAGGUCAGCCAAUGUCCCGGCGUUGGUCCGGCUGCUGCAGGCUUAUUUGCAGAAGAUUCCGAAUGAGCUGAGCAGUGGUGGGAGACUGGGUCAGGUACUUGGAAUAUUUCAUAACCUUGUUAUGGCUCCUAAGACAGAAGAUCUUGGUUUUUAUGUGCUCAAUACUGUUGUGGAGAACCUUGGCCAUGAUAUGAUAGCACCUUACCUUAAUGAUAUAUGGAAGGCCCUAUUUACACGACUGCAGGGUAAGCAUAAUGUCAAGUUUGUCAACUGCUUAGUGAUCUUGAUGUCGCUGGUUUUGGUCAAGCAUGGGCCAACAGUGCUUGUGAGCUCGAUAAAUGCAGUCCAAUCCAAUAUUUUUACUGCUAUUGUUGACAAGUUUUGGAUCCCAGCUCUUAAACUCAUCUCUGGUCAGAUUGAGGUGAAGCUAACUUCAGUUGCUUCGACAAGAUUAAUCUGUGAAUCCCCAGCCCUUUUGGAUCCUGCAGCUGUUGAGCUUUGGGGGAAGAUGCUUAACGGUAUUAUUACUUUGUUGGCCCAGCCCGAGAAAAAUGGAAUAGAUUUAGAAGCAGACGUGCAAGAAAUUCCAGAAUCUACGGGCUAUUCUGCAUCCUUUGCUCGCUUACAAAGUGCUGGGAAGAAGGAGGAGGAUCCUCUGAAGGAGAUAAAAGACCCAAAAGGGUUUUUAGUAACUUCUUUGGCUAGACUUUCAUCAGCUUCCCCUGGAAGGUACCCUGCAGUUAUUGAACAGUAUGUGGAUCCUUCUAAUCGGGCUGUUCUUCUCCAGCUAUGUGGAACAUACAAUUGCACUAUAGUCUAAAGGGGUUGCUUUGUUGGAGUAUCAGCUUCCCUUGAAAUUUCAACUCCUGAAGCUUUCUCAAUUGGAGGUGGUGGCUAUGGUUGUGCGUCGAGGAUAUUGUACAGAAGAGCAUUCAUGGUAGCGGUGGGAUGCAUUGAGUGGUAGGGAAAUGCUGAGCGGUUCGUUUUGUUCGAAAGUUUCAUUGUUGCAUUCUGUGUCAUUGAACUUCCAACGAGCAUUGUGUUGCGUCUUUAAAUCUGAGUGAUAUCAUUUUGUUGGGGAUGGGUUUUAUUACCCUCAAGGGUAUAUUGUUUCUACAGAACUGUGUAAAGGUGGUGGUGGAUGCAUGAGCAUGCGAGGGCUUCCUUGUUUUGGUGUCGUCGAAAUUAUGAAGUUUUCUGGUGUCGAUAUUAUGAAGUUUUUUUUUUCCCGGUGACAUCCAGAAAUGGCAAUUUUCUUUUUUCCUUC